AUGGAUUGCAAAACCAAUCCGAAAUAUGUCGACAAUGUCACAUGCUACGUCAAGGACUUGGGUGGGGACAAAUCGCACGUUCAAAUGGACUGUACUCUUUUGGAACCGCUGAGGAAUGCAACUACGCGCAUAAAGCUGCAUAAAAAGGAUUACACUGACCAAUAUAAACCAUUUCUGGUAAACGUUGCCUUUAAGGUGUGCGACCUGAUAGCUCGAAAGACUUCCCUGCCCUACGGCCUAGGUCAUCUCUUUGCUCGCGACAUGGUGUUUGGGGCCAACAAUUUACCAUCCUCCAUUCCAUUGGGUGUCUACUGGGUAACCAUUACAUUCCUGGAAAACUAUGCUGGAGGAAGCAAAGCGAACUAUGGCACUGUUAAUUGGUAUUGGGAGAUUAUGCGACCCAAGAGGAAGCCCAAGAAGAAUAAAGUUUGA